CCCGUCCUUCCCACGCCCGACUGCGGGCCUGCUGAGCGCUGUCCUCUCGGCGGCCGGGACAAAGGCGGUGCCACCAUGGCUCUCCGCACGGCGCUCGGACGAGGGGACCGGGGCGCCGGCGCCAAGGAGCUGGAAUCCCUUGACAUCUGUAUUCAGCACACGCUCUCUGCCCUCUACCCCCCCUUUGAGGCCACGGCAGCCACGGUGCUCUGGCAGCUGUUCAGCGUGGCAGAGAAGCUCUACCGUGGGGAUGGGCUGCGUUGCCUCACAGACUUCCUCAUCCCGGCCAGGAGGGCCCUGCAGCACCUACAGCAGGAGGCCUGUGCCCGGUACACAGGCCUCCUCUUCCUGCAUGAAGGCUGGCCGCUGUGCAUCCACGAGAAGGUGGUGGUGCAGCUGGCAUCCCUGCGCGGAGUCAGGCUCAGGCCUGGGGACUUCUACCUGCAGAUCACCGCUGCCGGGAGGCAGUCGGCCAGACUGGUCUUGAAAUGCCUCUCCAGGCUUGGACGAGGUUCAGAGGAAGUCGCUGUCCCUGAGGCCAUGUACGGCUGCGUCUUCACGGGAGAGUUCCUGGAGCUGGUGAAUGGGGAGCGGAACAGUGUCCCCCUGCAAAACUGCUUGCUGACCUCGGGCUCAGCAGUCUAUCGCACCCCAUGGAGCAAUGUCACAGACCCCAUCUUUGUGCCCUCCAAAGGGACUGUCCUGCCCAGCUGCCCUGGACCCCCCAGGCCCAGCAGCGUCCUGGAGGCCCCAGCCCCAGCACCAGCCAUGGCCAGCCCUGCUCCCCAGGGGCACCCCGUGGCCCUGCCCCACUGUGGUGGGCAUCCUGGCAGUGCCCAGCCCCGCUCCCUUCCUUCCCCAAGAGGAGCUGAGUGUGAAAGCCCCAGGACCCUGUCCGGGAGCCCUAACAGAGGCCCUGAGGGCAUCAGCCCCUCAGAGCAGGACCCCUGGGAGCCCCCCAAGGGCCCGGGAGGACCAGGAGGGAGGCCGGACACCGUGGACAAGAAGGAUGGCCCCCAGACCCUCGCCUUCCUUGCAGAUGGGGGCAGCCCCAGCUCCAGGAGGCGGCUGCCUGGGACCCCAGCCAGCCUGGAGGCCAGACGCUGGUUCAGAAAGUCCUACAUGGAGGCGCUGCAGAACCCCAUGCCACUGGGCUCCAGCUCCGAGGAAUCCAUCGGGGACGAGGUCUAUGGCUCCCGGAUCCAGGGCUGCAGGACCAGGGGGCCCGAGGCAGCUGCCAGUUUGGCCCGUGAAGAGCCCCCCCGCCCCUGGGGAGCCCCCCAGCAGCUCCUGCGUGAAGAGAGUGGCCCAGGAGCCCCAGGAGGGACCCUUCCCAGGAGGUCGCGGUCCUGGGACAGGACCCUCAGAGGCUCCCGAGAUGACAGCCGGCAGGUGCCCCGCCACUCAGCCAGCGCCAGUCCCGAGGGUCUCCUGGGAGGACCAGCCAUGGAGACCAGGCCCGCAGGCUCCAGCCAUCCAGGCACAGCAGAGAGUCCCAGUGGCACCAGCCAGGAAGCUGAUGUCGAUGCAGAAGGCAGCAGCUUCGGAGGGGCCAGACCCAGCCAGCGUUCAGACGUGCUUCCCGAGCAGCUCUGCCCUGAAGGUGAGGGGCGCCGCUCAGGAGACCUGCUGGGUCCCGUGCCCAGGCAGGUGCUGGAGGUCAACCAGGAGCUGCUGCAGUCGGGGGUGGUCACCCUCCCAGGAACCCGAGACCGUCAGGGCAGAGCGGUGGUGCAGGUCUGCCUGCGGGGCCUGCCCUGGUCCAGCGAACGCACGUCCAGCACGGAGCUGACCCGCCUGCUGAGAUACCUCCACACCGUCCCCAGGAAGGAGGUGCGGGAGCUGGGGCUGGUCAUCCUGGUGGAUGCACGCAAGAGUCUGGCCGCCCCUGCCCUCACCCAGGCCCUGGCAGCCCUGCAGAACACAUCCCCUCCCAUAAUUCAUAGUAUUUUGCUGUUGGUGGAUAAAGAAUCAGCAUUUAGGCCUGACAAGGAUGCAGCAAUUCAGUGUGAGCUGGUGAGCUCCCUCAAGGCCCUGCACAGACUGGUGGACAGCGCCCAGCUGACUGCCGCGCUCGAGGGCUCCUUUCGCUACAGCCACGGGGCCUGGAUCAGCUUCCGCCGGAAGCUGGAGCCCUUCACCGCCAACUGCGAGGAAGCCAUUGUUUUCCUACAGAAUUCAAUCCGCUCGCUGCACGCCCACAGGACCCCAAGCACAGCACAGGAGGUCGCAGAAUUGAUCCGCAAACACAAGGCGAUGAUGAGGUGUGUCCUGGAAGACGUGCGGCUGGUGGGCUUGCGGCUGGAAGGUGGCACUGUGCUGGCAUGGCUGAGGCGAGAGGAGCCUGGCACGGGCCGCGACUGCCGAGACGCCAUUGAGGCUGCCUCCAGGCUGUACAACCAAGUGGACGAGGAGGUCCACAGGCUGGUCCUCACCUCCAACAGGCGUCUGCAGGAGCUGGAGGGCCUGCAGGAACUGAAGGUGCUCCAGGAGGGAGGAGACCGGCGAUGUCACUCGGAAGGACUGCAGCUGAUGGCAAAGGACUCGCGAGGCACAGAGGACGGGACCCAGGACUUCAGAAGGUGUCCGAGCCCCAUGGCCGGCCCGGCUGAGCAGAGGGAGGGAGGCCAGGCCUGCCUGGCUGAGUUCUGCGAGACGGUGAGUGGGUGGACACCGCGGUGCAGUGCGCCCCUCGAGCACCUGGGCCCAGAGCUGGCCGCCGAGGAUCUGAAGAGCUGUCGCCAGGAGGCCAAACGGAGCUUCCCCAGGAUGAGCGAGGUGGUGGCUGGCAGUGACUUGAGGCUGCAGACUGGAGUCCAUUGGCAAGAGCCCCUUGGAGAGGCAGCCCCCAGCCCUGGCACCCCACCCCUGGGCCGGAGCCCCCUGAAGCACGAGGGGCAGCCCCUGGCACCUUCUUGGACCCCCCUGGGCUACACUGGAGAAUGGGCCCACCUGCUGCCCAGCCUUGCUGGACAAGCGGCUCUGUGUGGGUGGGAGGGUGAGUGCCUGGGCCCAGGUGUACUUGCCCAGGACCCCGGCUCCACCUGCUCCUCCAAGCCCAUGCAGACACCCACCGUCCACCCCAGGAAGCAUCCAACAAGAAAGGUGACAAGGAAGACACAAAGCUUUGAGAGUCCUCAGCUCGGUGCAGACCACAGGGACUCCCACUGGCUGGGUCACACCGGGGUCUUUAUUGAAGGCCUGGAGGUGACCAGCGCCGGGGCCUCCCAGACUUCCCCACUGAGGCCACAUGCCAAGCGCACUUCCGUGCCUCGGAACCAGAGUCUGUCCUCUCCCUCCAGGACCCACCCCCCGAGGAUGGGAGAGCGCAAGCAGAGAGGCGAGGCGGAGGCCCUCCAGCUCAUGGGCGCGGGGGUCCGUGGGGACGCUUAAGUGCACUGCCGCGUGUGGGAGGUCCACAGAUGCCCCUCCAGGCCCACCUGUGGGGUCGAGGCUGAAAUACGUUUGAUUUUAAGCAAGACGUCAGUGACCUCCCCGUGCUGAGUGAGAAAGGAGUUCCUGAAGCCCGCCGCCUUCCUCAGGGCUUGUCCCACACACCCAGUCUGGUGGUUCAACAAUCCACUCUUGUUAUUUAGAACCCAUUUAUAGAAAACGACAAUAGGCAAGUCAAGCCCACAAUAUAAAGAAAUUACCUUAAAGACAGCUUUUCGGUUAGAAGCGUGUACCCAUUUAUCUGUUGCCCAAAUAAAGAUGUCCAUUUAGUUUGUUACAUCUUUAGGAAGCUGCAUGCAGAAAAACACAUUUUCUUAAAUGUUUGAAUAAAAAGAGGACAAGGCCCUCCCCGACCCCAGUGACAGUGA